AGAGACACACAGCGUCACAAAUUGCACUGCUGCUAGGCCCCGGCGGCCCGCGCGGUGCAACCGACGCACUCUAUACACCUUUUGCUUAUACCCUCACCAGCUCACGCGCUGGUGUGGAGACAUAUCGCCUCGCCGGCGACUACCUGAAGUCAGCGCUCUUCAGCGACAUCGGCCAAUAAUGCCGCUGCGCCUCGCUAUUUUAGCCCUCCCGGCGCUGGCGCUGGUGCCCACCAUCGCACCCCCGCGGGCGCCGCGCGCCGCGCAAUUGUUUUCUGUUGUCGAGCGGGGGACAUCGUCGCUCGAGGACACCGAGGGUCUGGGAGCCGAGUUCGAGGAUGCGCUCGUCGACGACGCCGCCUGGGACACCGAGGAAAGCGGGGACGAAGACCUACUUGCGGGUUUCGAUUUAGAGGGCGCCGACGUCGGCGAGAUCAAGGAGUGGUCGGUGACGCCGCGCGAGAUCUGCGUCGAGGAGCGCGCCGCGGCCAAGGCGGCGCACGCGCGCCACGACACCGACUGCGGCUCGUCCGAGGUCCAGAUCGCGCUCUUCACGGCGCGCAUCAAGCACAUCACGGACCACGUGAUCUCGAACCCCAAGGACCACGCCUCGCGGCGGGGCCUCCUCGCGCUCGUCAGCAAACGGCGACGCCUGAUCAACUACCUCCACUCGCGGGACGCGGCCAAGGCCGAGAAGCUGACGAACGACCUGGGCAUCCGCUUCCGCUUCAAGAGCGCCAUGCCGGACCGCGCCGAGAAGUACCGCCAGUACACCAUCGCGGCGAACAAAAAGAUGAAGAAGUAGAUGUUGGUGCUCCGCGCGUCAAACCCCGCUUUCUCAACGUGUAAUAUUAUACCGCUUUA